GGCAUGAUCUCUAUGCAGGUCCUCUCAGAAUGUCUGAAAUUGUCAAGUCCUAUGACUCAGCAAUGCUAGUGGUCCUGCUCUUUGGCGCUUUAGUCUCAGCAGUGGCAUCGAUGUCCACCCCAGCGCCACAGAAAGUCCUCCAUAGCUGGAAUGCUUGUUCCUUGGUGGUGUGUGAACCAGCUGAGAAAGGAAUACCAGGACGAGAUGGACGAGAUGGAAUUCAAGGAUUAAAAGGGGAAAAGGGAGAACAAGGAUUGCAAGGCCCCAAAGGAAGCCUUGGUCCUCCAGGGAAGAUGGGGCCAGCUGGACCAGCAGGACAAAUAGGAUCUCAAGGGAAUCCUGGACCGAAAGGAGAUCCUGGACAAAUAGGCCCACGUGGGAUUCAGGGUUUGCAAGGCCCUCCUGGAAAGGUGGGCCCUUCAGGACCGAAAGGUAACAUUGGCCCACAAGGUGAGAAAGGUGUCAACGGAGGAAUAGGUCUCAAAGGAGCCCUUGGCCCUCCAGGACCCCAAGGCAAAAUAGGUGCCCCUGGACCAGCUGGGGCCAAAGGAGCAGUGGGCGAAAAGGGAGCAAAAGGAGACACGGGUGUCAAAGGACUGCAAGGACCACCAGGUCCCCAAGGGCCAGUGGGAAAAGCUGGUUCUCCUGGACCCAAAGGAGAUAAGGGUACCACGGGUGAAAGGGGGAUAAAAGGUGAUAGUGGUCUCUCAGAGGUCAAUCUUUUGAAGACUAAAGUUAGCGCCCUGGAAGGACAGCUGAAAGCUCUACAGGCCAGCUUUGCCACAUAUCAAAAAGUCGCCACGUUCCCAGGCGGACGCAUAGUCGGCAACAAAGUGUUCAUAACCAAUGGCUAUGAAGGCAACUUCGAGGAUGUGAGACAAAGGUGUACACGGGCCGGAGGCCAGCUUGCGGCCCCGAGAACCGCCGCAGAGAACGAUGCUGUCCAAAAAAUUGUGGUACUCUACAACAAAUCGGCCUUCCUUGGCAUAACUGACUUAAAGACCGAAGGGACAUUUAAGUACCUGAACGAUCAACCCCUCACUUACGUCAACUGGUUGCCCGGGGAGCCCAACAAUCAGGGCAAAGAGAAUUGUGUCGAACUUUUUUCAAAUGGAAAAUGGAAUGACAAAUCCUGUGGGGAAAAAAGGCUCCUGGUCUGCGAAUUUUAGACUCAUCUGUCACGCAGCAUUUCGAUCCAGGGAGGCUGCGAAGUUUUAAUACCACGUUUGCUUCUUAUCUAUAGGCAUUAAAGAAAUCAUGACUUAGCUAAUCCUCCCUAAAUUCUAGUGAGGGGGGAACUGUUGAUUUCACGUAUACAAUUAAAAUAACUUUACCACCAAGGCCAGUUCCCAAGUA